UUGCCGGACGAGACAACUCACCAGUCAGCAGUUGUUGCGGCUGUCUGAAGUGAGUAGUACGUACUACUACUCUCUUAUUUUACACAACACACCCAUUUUUAGAGUGAGAAACUCUCUAGAGAGAGAAACUAACAGAGAGAGCGUGUUCUUUACAUUUACAUAAUAAUUCAGAUUAUUAGACUCACUAAUUCUAAAUCUCUACUCCUAAUUACUCAUUAUUAUUACCCAUUCUCAAUAACCCAUGUUGUUGCCGCUCUUGUUCUACCAUCUCCUCAUUUCAGGAGGGCAUUGACCUCUGCAUCACUACAAAUAGAAGCACUUUUUUGCAUAACAUCUCCUGCGGUCUUCAAAAACAGCUAGAUGGGUUCUCGGUUCCCAUCUCAUCAGUUGAGCAAUGGCCUGUAUGUCUCGGGCCGGCCUGAGCAGGCAAAGGAACGGCCUCCUACAAUGAGCUCGGUGGCCAUGCCAUACACCGGUGGUGACAUUAAGAAGUCAGGAGAACUGGGUAAAAUGUUUGAUAUUCCUUAUGAUGGCUCCAAGUCUAGAAAAUCUGGGCCUAUAACUGGUGCUCCUUCAAGAACAGGGUCUUUUGGUGGUGCUGCUUCACAUUCUGGGCCAAUCAUGCCUAAUGCAGCUGCCCGAGCUGCCUAUACCACGUCCGGUGCUGCCUCUUCUGGAGGUGUUUCUGGUUCUGCUUCACUAAAGAAAUCAAAUUCUGGACCAUUAAAUAGACAUGGAGAUCCUGUAAAAAAGUCAUCUGGACCUCAGUCUGGUGGAGUAACACCUUCUGGCCGCCAAAACUCUGGCCCCCUUCCUCCUAUACUUCCCACUACUGGCCUCAUAACAUCUGGACCUAUUUCCUCUGGUCCACUAAACUCAUCCGGGGCUCCUCGAAAAGUGUCUGGUCCUUUAGAAUCUAUGGGUUCAAUGAAGAUUCCAGGCGCUGCUGUUGUUCACAAUCAAGCAGUGACUGUCCUUACCCAAGAAGAUGACUUUUCUUUCAGAAAGAAUUUCCCAAAGCCCAUAUUGUGGUCACUGAUUCUACUUUUUGUCAUGGGUUUCAUUGCUGGUGGUUUUAUUCUUGGUGCAGUGCAUAAUGCCAUUCUCCUCAUUGUUGUUGUGGUUCUUUUUGGUGCUGUUGCUGGAUUGUUCAUAUGGAAUACCUGUUUUGGGAGAAAAGCCAUUAUGGAUUUCAUUUCUCGCUAUGCUGAUGCCGAACUACGAAAUGCCAAAAAUGGGCAAUUCGUUAAGAUAUCUGGGGUGGUCACCUGUGGUAAUAUGCCUCUCGAGUCAUCCUUCCAGAAAGUUCCUCGUUGUGUGUAUACUUCCACAAGUUUGUAUGAGUAUCGAGGGUGGGACUCGAAAGCAGCCAACCCCACACAUCGCCGAUUCACUUGGGGACUUAGAUCAUUAGAAAGGCGCGCAGUGGACUUCUACAUCUCUGAUUUCCAAUCUGGGCUGAGAGCAUUGGUUAAAACGGGGUAUGGAGCAAGAGUGACUCCUUACGUGGAUGACUCUCUCGUCAUUGAUGUCAACCCAGGGACUGAAGAGUUGUCGCCUGAAUUCCUCAGGUGGCUGGCAGAGAGGAACCUUUCAAAGGAUGAUCGGAUAAUGCAAUUGAAAGAAGGGUAUAUCAAAGAAGGCAGCACAGUAAGUGUAAUGGGAGUAGUUCAAAGGAAUGACAAUGUGCUAAUGAUAGUCCCGCCACCUGACCCGAUGACCACCGGCUGCCAGUGGGCCAAAUGUAUGUUUCCGGCAAGCCUUGACGGUAUUGUUCUCAGAUGCGAAGACACCUCCAAGAAUGAUGUCAUUCCAGUGUAAUAUUACGUCAUUACCUUUAUAUUUUUUUCUUUCUUUUUCACUAUUAAUAUUUGAUGGUAGCUGGCUAUGACAUGGACGAUGGUGGUCUUCUGGUGGUGGUGGUGGUGAUGAUGGCUUUUUGUUUCUUUAUUUUUUCAUUUCAAUUUUAUCUGGUGUAUAGUUUUGAUGUUAUUAUUUUUGUUUUUUGGAGAAAAAAAAAAUAUAACCUCUAGGUCAUGAAAAGGCUUCUGUAAUGGGUUGGGAAUUUUACAUGUUUGAGCAGAUUGUGGUUAUGUUAAAUAGAAAGAAAAAAUGUUGGUGAGUUUAUUAUUGUUAUAUACUAUCUACUAAUUUUGAAUUA